UCUUCCAUAUGCCAUCGUCUUCUCUUCCUUAUGUGUAGCCUCCUCAGCCUCUUGCCCCAACAGUGCUACUAGUAAGCACUGUACGGACCCGUUUGCUCAGUCGUCUCGUCUCGUCACGUGCUUCGAGAUCGUUCUGUCGUUUAUCUGCAGCAAGUUGUUUGAGUCCAGCGUCGACUUUCUUCGCAGUUCAACUUGCACAGCUUGUCGGAUUAUCGGGAUGACAAAUCGGUGGUCAGCGGCAGCGCUGCGAUACGACGGCAUGAUGGGGAUUCUAACAUCUCAUCGCAACUUACUGCCCGCUUUCAGUACUGGGGGUGAUUCUUGGAGAAGCCGCCCUCAGAAUGCACUCAACCUAGAUACUACUAACAAGGGAGCGAUUCAAGAUCCAUCAAAUUUUCCAAGUAGUCAUUGCGAGCGCAGUCACUGCGCGUAUCUUCCCCUUACGGUGAUUGUGACGGUGUCCGAAUGUCUAAGCCCAACGAUAGCUGCGGAGAACCGCGCGCCUGGUUUCCGCCGCCGGCAGCUUCCCCCGUGCGCAGCCCGCACGCGGAGAUCGUUCGGCGGAAGGCAACCUCGUCGUUCGAUAUGGAUGCGGUGUGGGACGCCGCUUUCGCGCGCAUUGGCGGAUCAUACGCGGUUGGAGGUACGGGCGCGGAGCGGGAACGCACGCGCGCGGAAGGGGACUCGGAGUCAUAUGCGGGGGCUCUGCGGAAAAGCGGCGGGGGAACGGCGGUAACGGGCGCCGGCAAUGCUUCCACUGGCGGAAUUGGCGGCGGAAAGUUUCUCCGCUUCCUGCGUCGGGGGGUAAACGGCAGCGCGCGCGAGUUGGUAGGCAGCUCCGCCAAGAGCGGUCCGCCUGCGCGCACCAGCGGUCCGUCUGCGCGGACUUCCGCCGACCUUUUCCGCUUCCGUCGCUCGUCGUGGGGCGAGGGGCGGACGACGUCCCAGACGAACACCCCCGAAGUUGGCGAAAAAUGUGGCGAUGCGGCAGCGAGCAACGCUGUUACCACAGGCAGGACCCUGCUGGGGGCUCAAGACGUUGAACCUCCCAGCUCUGCGUCAGUAAACGGUGGAGGGGGAGGGGGAGGGGGAGGGGGAGAACGGGGAAGGGGGGGAGGAGGAGGCGGACGAGGAGGAGGAGGCAGGGGAGGAAGGGGAGGAGGAAGGGAAAGGGAAGCAGGAGAAGUGGCCGACACAAGGGCAAUGGUUGGUGGCAGCAGCAGGCACAGGCCAGUCUCCAGAAGCUUCCAGGCGGCUGCAACAGCCACGGCGGCACUAGUAAUUGCUUCGCGGGUGCAGCCCACCCCAGAAGCGCCGCCUCUUGAAAAAGAAUCUCAGCCCUCUCCACCGCCUUCCUCCCUAUCUCUCCCCGCUUCCUCCGCCCCGCCUCAGCCGUCCCACCCCGAGCGUCGCCUGAUCCGUUCCGCCACUGCACCGCUUCGGGGGGCACAGAGCGAUUCUGCUUUUGAGCCGCCUCCAAAGCGUUCCGCCACUGCAUCCCUUCGGGGGGCACAGAGCAAUUCUUGGUGCAGCGGUAGCGGCAGCGGCAGCGGCAGCAGGGGCGGCAAGGGUGCGGGUUCCCUCCCCUUCACUGAUGGCGACAGCAGCCUCAACAGAAGCAGCAGCAGCAGCAGCAGCAGCAGCGGUUACCGCUCUGGCCAGGCCGGUGUCACAACGACCUGGGCACAGGCACAGGCACAGGCACAGGCACAGGCACAGGCACAGGCACAGGCACAGGCACAGGCACAGGCACAGGCACAGGCACAGGCACAGGCGCCCACCAGCAGCGUGGCACGUCCUCUGCCCCUGGCACUGCCGCGGCUACUGCCACUGGCCGCUACUCACCUCCAACCGGAACCCCCCAGUGAGCCGCGGAGCGCCACCCCCUCCCCGCGCAGAGGCAAGCACGUGCUCCUUGCACCGACCCGGGGGACCAGCCUCCUCCGCUCCUCCUCUCUCCCUCCCCUCGCCAUUCCUCCUCGGUCAACCGCUUCCCCUUCCCCCGCCCCCCAGCCCCCCGCCUCCCCUUCCGCCUCAGCUUGUUCCCCCCCCGGCGUCUCUUCCCUUGGUCGCAAUGGCAAUGGUGAUAACUGCAAUGAUGGCGAUGGGGAUGGGGAUGGGGAUGGCGAUGGCGAUGGGGAUGGGGAUGGCGAUGGGGAUGGCGAUGGGGAUGGCGAUGGGGAUGGCGAUGGGGAUGGGGAUGGGGAUGUUGAUGGAAUGGUGUUGGCAUGGCCCGUCCAGAAAAGAAGCCAGAAAAGGUGGGUUUCCGCGCACCACCCUGCACCAUCCGCGCACCACCCUGCACCAUCCGCGCACCACCCUGCACCAUCCGCGCACCACCCUGCUCCAUCCGCGCACCACCCUGCUCCAUCCGCGCACCACCCUGCUCCAUCCGCGCACCACCCUGCUCCAUCCGCGCACCACCCUGCUCCAUCCGCCCAUCGCCCUGCACCAUCCGCAGAGGCUCAGCUUGUGGCGGAAAUAACUGGACAGCUGGGGGGAGAAGAUUGGGGGGAGAGGGGGAAGAUUGGGGGGAGCGGGGGGGGGCAGAAAAUCGAGGGGAGCGGAGACCCAGCAGCUUCCCCAGCUUGCGUUUCAGUUCAAGGACCCUUCCCCAUAAAGAGGCUCUCGUUACAGGUACAAGAGCGGCUGGCGCACCUGCAGGUGACUUUCGACAGCCCCCCUUCUGACGCUGACUCUGAUAACGAGACUGCUUAUGGUGAGAGUGCUUAUGGCGAGAGUGCUUAUAAUGAGGGGGGGAAACUUAACCCUAAAGGGAAGAUUGAUCUGCGAGCCGUGGCUUCAGUUCUGCUGGGGAAAUCAGAAGAAGCUGUUUCAGCGACCCUGCUGGCUACAGCCCCAGUUACUUCCCCUCCAAGAGCACAACCAGUCUCCUCCCCUCAUGAGCCUUCAGUGACACAUCCCUUCCCCACCCUUUCCCCCCCACCGCCUUUCCCCAGCGCCCUUGCCCGCUCACCCUCCCCCAGCGCCCCAGUCUCUUCCCCCUCCUCCUCCCCUUCCCGCCAGCACAAGCCCAUACCCGCCAUGUUCUCCCGCCCCCCUCCCCCCACCACCCCUACUCCCACUCCACCCCAUUCAACUUCUGCCGUUUCCUUGUCGAUCGCACCAACCUCCGCUACCUUCCCCCGCCCCUCUCCCUUCUCCCCUUCCUCCAUUGCCCAUUCCCCCACCUUCUCCUACUCCCUUCCCUCCGCCCACUCCCCCCCCGCCCCCUCCCCCGAUCUUCCCCACUUCUUCCCCUCCAAGCCCCCCCGCUCCCCCGUUUUCUCCCCCACGCUUUCCCCUUCCGCCUCUGCCAGAUUCUCCCCCUGCGCUUCCCCUGCCUACCCUCACGCCGCCCCUCCUUCGCACGCCUCGCAUCAGAAACCCCCCCUUUCACCACGCCAUAACCGCACCACCGCCGCCUCUGUCGACUCAAGCCAGCCGCCAACUUCGAGCUUGCCUCACACCCCAUCCUUGUCCAAAGGAGUUUCUUAUUACGCGCGCCCCUCCCCUCCUUGCCCUGAUUCCGUCCCCUUUAAUGAAGCGGGCUUGGAAGGGCCUCGGGGGCUUAUAAUAUCUGGCUCAAUCGCCGCUAAAUACCCGCCCCAAACCCCAUCCUUGUCCAAAGGAGUCUCUUACUAUGCACACCCUUCCCCCCCCUGCCAUGUGUGUUACCCCUCUCAUGGCCUGGGGAUGGCCCAGUGGACCCCACAGUGCAGCCAUCUGCCUCCGCAGGGGAUUUCUCAGGAGAAUUCUCAGGUGAAUCCUCAGGAGAGCUCUCAGGUGAAUUCUCAGAAGCAGAAGCUCUUGGAGCAGGCUUGGCAGCAGCUGGGUCAGCAGGAAGCUCGGCAGCAGGCGCAGCAUCAGCCUCAGCAGCAGGCUCGGCAGCAGGUUAGGCAGCAGGUUCGGAAACAAGUUCGGAAGAGCACUACUGGCUUGCCUGAUGACAGCAGCAAACAUCUAUCUGACAUUGAUCCGCAUCACGUCCCACCUUACCUCCCCCAAAGUCCAGGCUCAAGUGAGGUACCGGGAGUCCUAGUGGGUGGCAAGCUUCCCGUAGUUGCAGGUCCCGUAGGUCAAUCAGCACAGAGAAUCGAGGACAGCUCGCAGAAUUCGCAGAAUUCACGCUCUUCGCGGUGCUUUGUGAGAUCGCAGAGCGCAGACUUUGUAAGGGCUGAAAGGGGGGACAGAAGACAGCAGAGCCUGGAUGCACCUCAAGGGGGGAGGAGAGGGCAUGGCAGGGCUCCGAGCGUUGGUGCUGGGACGGGCCAGGAAAUGAGUUCCCGAGGAAUGAGCGCCGAGGAAAGGAGUCCCUGGGGACCUCCUUUACCAAGGAGCCCUGGGAAGUCGUGCUUAUCAUUAGCGAAUGGAUCGGGUGGACGGAAGUUGAAGAAGCAGGUAUCUUUUGAUCGAGUGGUGCGCGUUCGUAGAUUCGCAUUGUGCGAAGGGCUGGUUGAACCAGGGCCCACACCCGAGGGUUGACUUGGGUACGGAGAUUGCCAAGUUUCAUUUGAGACUAUGAUGGCUUGUUAUGGAGUUGUCUGGCCAAGUUCUAUGUUGGUUUAUGGAAUUGGUUAUAAUGACUUUGUUGCG